AUGAAUAAGACUAGUAUAAUAGAGGGUAAGGGAGCUAAUGGGCUAGUCUUAAGUAUAGUAGAGGCUAUAGUAGUACGAAAAAAAGAGCCUAGUUCGCGUACUUAG